CGCACAAGCAUGAUCUCGCGGUUCAUCCUCAUUCACUCCAUUUACUUCAUUCUUGUGCUAAAACAACAAUUUUAAACACAAUUUAAAAAAUGAUCACCCGAGCAAAAAUGACAAAAACCAAUUGACCUUGAGUCGACGCGCAUUGUAAAAAAGAAAACGAGGGAAAAUGUAGCAAAUGUGCAACAAUUAGUUGAAUGAGUAAAACACCAAGGCAACAGUGCCGCAAAGGCAAUGAGAUGCAUGCUUCAAAUAUUCCAUCAUCCUUCGUCCUUCCUCAUCUUUUAUCUUUUAUCCUUCAUCCUUCAUCCUUCAUCUUCCACACAUCAGACAAUCUCCCUUGCAUUUCAUUUUAGUAGUUCGGAUCUCGAAUCUCGAAUCUUUUGCACAGGCGUGAAUAGGAUCCAAUAUUCGAGUAAAAAGACAAGCAAUAGACCAUGUUUGGCAGCAUCAAUUCCCUUUCACGAAACACUCUCUCACCAGCACAGGCUCUGAGACUCUUUGACUUGUACAUGCAAGGUACUCGCACCAUAGAUGACGAUCGCAUCCUACUGACGGAGCUAUGCCUCGAUGCUGACUCUGUACUGUCUCGUAUUCAGAAGUCUUGGAAGAAGUCCUUUGCUUCGAUGACCUCAGCCUCUUCGACCUCUUCAGCUUCCAAUGAAGACAUGGCAUUGCACCAAAGUAUUGGCUCAGCCUACUAUGAACUUGCUCGCUUAUUUGAGCAAUUGGGUCACUCAACUGAUGCACAGAAGCGAGACAAGAAAGCAGAGAAAUGGGGAUACAUCCAAGGAAGUAACAACAACAACAGCAACAACGACAGCAAUAGCAACAAUGUCACUGCUAACCGACAAGUCAACGGAUCCAGUAGUAGCAAAUUGAGCAAGGUGAUGGAAACAGUGCAAUUCACACCAGUACAGACCAUUGCAACUAUAUCAAAGGAC